UAGCCUGUCUCCCCGAUGGGAUUCCCGUCCAAGCUGUCUCGAGCCUGCAGCGCCCCAGUCCCCGGCCCUCGCCCAGGUUCACUGCAACCGUUCAGAGGUCCCCAGGAGCUGCUGCUGGCGAGCCCGCUACUGCAGGGACCUAUGGAGCCAUUCCGUAGUGCCAUCCCGAGCAACGCACUGCUGCAGCUUCCCUGAGCCUUUCCAGCAAGUUUGUUCAAGAUUGGCUGUCAAGAAUCAUGGACUGUUAUUAUAUGCCUUGUUUUCUGUCAUCCUGCUAGGAGGCGCGAGCCAUGCUAGUUUGAUACCUGAGACGGGGAAGAAAAAAGUCGCCGAGAUUCAGGGCCACGCGGGAGGACGCCGCUCAGGGCAGAGCCAUGAGCUCCUGCGGGACUUCGAGGCGACACUUCUGCAGAUGUUUGGGCUGCGCCGCCGCCCGCAGCCUAGCAAGAGUGCAGUCAUUCCGGAUUACAUGCGGGAUCUUUACCGGCUUCAGUCUGGGGAGGAGGAGGAAGAGCAGAUCCACAGCACUGGUCUGGAGUAUCCUGAGCGCCCGGCCAGCCGGGCCAACACCGUGAGGAGCUUCCACCACGAAGAACAUCUGGAGAACAUCCCAGGGACCAGUGAAAACUCUGCUUUUCGUUUCCUCUUUAACCUCAGCAGCAUCCCUGAGAACGAGGUGAUCUCCUCUGCAGAGCUUCGGCUCUUCCGGGAGCAGGUGGACCAGGGCCCUGAUUGGGAACAGGGCUUCCACCGUAUAAACAUUUAUGAGGUUAUGAAGCCCCCAGCAGAAGUGGUGCCUGGGCACCUCAUCACACGACUACUGGACACGAGACUGGUCCACCACAAUGUGACACGGUGGGAAACUUUUGAUGUGAGCCCUGCGGUCCUUCGCUGGACCAGGGAGAAGCAGCCAAACUAUGGGCUAGCCAUUGAGGUGACUCACCUCCAUCAGACUCGGACCCACCAGGGCCAGCAUGUCAGGAUUAGCCGAUCGUUACCUCAAGGGAGUGGGAAUUGGGCCCAGCUCCGGCCCCUCCUGGUCACCUUUGGCCAUGAUGGCCGGGGCCAUGCCUUGACCCGACGCCGGAGGGCCAAGCGUAGCCCUAAGCAUCACCCACAGCGGGCCCGGAAGAAGAAUAAGAACUGCCGGCGCCACUCGCUCUAUGUGGACUUCAGCGAUGUGGGCUGGAAUGACUGGAUUGUGGCCCCACCAGGCUACCAGGCCUUCUACUGCCAUGGGGACUGCCCCUUUCCACUGGCUGACCACCUCAACUCAACCAACCAUGCCAUUGUGCAGACCCUGGUCAAUUCUGUCAAUUCCAGUAUCCCCAAAGCCUGUUGUGUGCCCACUGAACUGAGUGCCAUCUCCAUGCUGUACCUGGAUGAGUAUGAUAAGGUGGUACUGAAAAAUUAUCAGGAGAUGGUAGUAGAGGGAUGUGGGUGCCGCUGAGAUCAGGCAGUCCUUGAGGAUAGACAGACAGAUAUACACACCACACACACACACACACACACACGUUCCCAUCCACUCACCCAUACACUACACAGACUGCUUCCUUAUAGCUGGACUUUUAUUUAAAAAAAAAAAAAAAAAAAAAGGAAAAAAUCCCUAAACAUUCACCUUGACCUUAUUUAUGACUUUACGUGCAAAUGUUUUGACCAUAUUGAUCAUAUAUUUUGACAAAAUAUAUUUAUAACUACGUAUUAAAAGAAAAAAAUAAAAUGAGUCAUUAUUUUAAAGGUAAA